AUGGUCAAGUUAGUAGUCUUGGUUUUGAAGGGUAGGGAGUUGAUCUUGCCUGCAAAUCAAAUCAUUGUUUUGGUCCUUUAUGAGUUUUUUUCGGUCCUUUUGUAUGGCUGGAGGAAACAAAAAUUGUGUUAUUUUGUCUGUUUUAUUUUCGAGAAAGGCAAUUCCACAGCCUUGAGCAACAAUAUUAUAUACUUCAAGAUUGCCGGAGCUUUAGUUUUACUCGUGAAUUUGCACACUGUGAAGGAGUUCGCUGCAGAUGAUCAAAACAUACAACUAGAUCAAAAUGUUGCAUUUGCACUCAUACUUUCUCUAAUUGAAAAUUACGGUGGUUUUACAGCGCCAACGGGGACAGAAAAUUACCGAUUAAAUAACAAUGAUUUCGCCGUUGCCGCUGCUAGUGCAUCAUUUUCCACUGCUGCCGCUGUAAUUUCCGCUGUUGAGCCGGUUGAGUCGAUCGCCGCUGAUGAAGAAGAUGGAUCUCUAACUUACGUUUUUGUUAUAUUGACAAAUUUCUUAUUUGUAUGUUGUCGAUUGAUGGCUGCUAAAUUUACAGAACAUUCAAAAGAUGGGUAUGAUAUUGGAGCUGCUCUUUUCGCUGCCAUAAAAUUAAUUUGGAACAAUUUUGAGGAAAUUUCUCUUAGCUUUCUUAGAGUUCUUGAACUGCAUGAAAUAUGUUUUCGGCGCACGGUUAAGGUCUCUGCUGUUCUCUGUUUGAUUGUGAUGAGCUCUACUAACUUAGAGAAGGUUGUGAUUGAAUUUGUUGCAGCUAGGAAUGAACCGAUUUCUUUUUUUGAGGAAGAUUUUGACGAAGAUCAAGACCUCUUAGAUAAUAAACUUUUGAAAGUAGAAGACCUCGUAGAUAUUGAACUGAAAAAGCGUCGAGUGGUGAAGAUGGUGCUCCCAGACACACAAGAAGUAGAACCUGAAUUGGAAUUUAUCGAGUUCCUAUUGGCUGAAUCGGUAAUACGAAAAAAGAUGUUUAUUCAGCCUGACCGAGAAAUAGUUGCCGAGGAAGGAUUGAAGAUUUUGAAAGAUAUAACCCAAUUUGAACGUUCAUCAAAGAAAGCAAAAAUUGGUGUUAGGCUAUUUCUAAAUUUGGACAUAAUAUGUUUAGAAAUUCCAUAUUCAGGAGCAAUACCCGUCCCAAGAAAAUGUCUGUUCAUCAUUCGAAAUUUAGAUAGAAUCAAUGACUUAGCAGAAAAUAUCGGUGAGAAUAUAUUUACGUGUUUGCCAAUUCGAGAUGCAGUAAGAACUAGGUUCGUUCUAGAGAGGCUUCCAUCCUUUCUCAACCUCCUACACCAUUUUAUUAUUGAUAGAUUACCGACUUUAUGUGGUAGCUCAAGUUGGGGCACAGGCCCAGAUCAAGAUGAGUAUCAUUCUCCGAACACUUUUGUUCCCAAUUUUCAAACUCUACUUCUCCGGUUCUCCCUUACAAGUUACAAUAACUUCACAACACACUUAAAAUCAGAAGUUUGUCAAAAAAAAAAAGCAGCAAAAAGAAGGGAAAAAUUUAAGACUAUGGAUAGCCAAUCGGUUAAAAGGAUUGAGAACAGCUCGACAUCGGAUAGAAUCGGUAACUUGCCGAGCCACAUCAUAGAAAAUAUUCUAAUCUAUUUGCCCAUUCAUGAAGCAGUUAGGACUAGUAUCUUGUCCAAGAAUUGGAGAUUCAAGUGGAGAUUCCUCCCCAAAUUGGUGUUUGAUAAAACUUUUUAUCACAAGUCAGUAACACCCUCUACUGGUAAACGUAGCAUUAAUAAAUUCUUCCUCAAUAUCUUUAGAGUCUUAUUACUUCACCAUGGACCCAUCUUGAAUUUUACUUUUGAUGUUUCGCGGAAAACCUAUCCGGAGAUUGACCAGCUCAUGCUUUACCUGAGCGAGAAAGAUGUUCAUGAAAUUUUACUUGACUUUGGAGAUUGUGGUUAUAGAGUGCCAUCAUUUCUGUUCGCAUGUGCCACAUUAAGGCGCUUGACUGUGUCCAUGUGUUUGUUCACAGUUCCUUUGGUAUUUCAAGGAUUUGUUAGCUUGAUCUCUCUUACCUUUAAGUCAGUUUGUUUCAAAACAAUUGAAUUUGAAACUUUCAUCUCCAAAUGCCCAUUACUUGAAAGACUCUCAAUAAAAAAUUGUUAUCAUAUUGAUAACCUCGAUGUUGACAUUCCUUACCUUAAGUUCUUCGAGUUCAUUGGGGUUUUUCGGUGUAUUCAUUUCAGAAAACCUUGUCAUCAUCUUUCAGUAGUUAUAUUUGAUAGUCCCAUAUAUAGAGUGAGUGGUUCCGCACACUUUAGCUCUGUACCUACGAAGCUUUUAGAAUGUCUGCCUGCUGUAGAGCACUUGCAUCUCGGAUAUGAAUUUAUGGAACACCCGACAGUUGGAGCAAUGUCGAGGAAACUUUCUCUUGGCUGUCUUAGAGUUCUUGAACUGCCCAACAUAUGUUUUCGGAUUACGGUUGAGCUCUCUGCUGUUCUCUAUUUGAUUGCGAUCAGCUCUCCUAACUUAGAGAAGCUUGAGAUUGGGUUUGUUGCAGCUAAGGAGGAUACAAAUUAUCUUUCUAAUAAACUUUCAAAAGAUGACGAACUCUUAAAAUUGGAAGACCUCGUAGAUAAUGAACUGAAAAAGCUUCGAGUGGUGAAGCUGAAGCUACCACACAGAAAAGAAGUAAAACCUGAAAUGAAAUUUAUCGGGUUUCUAUUGGCUGAAUCCGUAGUACUUGAAAAGAUGUAUAUACAGCCUGCAAAAAGAACAGUUGCUGAGGAAGGGCUUGAGAUUUUGAAAGAGAUAACUCAAUUUGAACGUUCAUCAAAGAAAGCAAAAAUUAUAUACUUAGAUCCCUGAUGAAUAAUGAUGAUGGUGAAUGUUGAUAUACUAUUGAAGCUUAGCUAGGAUGUUAUGUUAGGGCUAUUUCUCAAGUUGGAGAUAUAAUUUGUUUAACAAAUUCCAUUUUCAGGGUGAUUUUAAAGUAUCUUCAAAUUGAGGGUGAAACUUUACUUUAUUUGCCGAGCAUUAAAUUUUAACUUUCUAAUGAAAA